UCUGGUCAUGUCAAUCGCCUCGCUUUCCAUUGUUAUUUCAUCGGUAGUGUGGUUUAGGCCUAGGAGUUUUAGAUUCUGAAAGCAAAAGAUGUCUUCACUUUGUCGCCAGAAUUACCAUGAAGAGUCUGAAGCUGGUAUUAAUAAGCAGAUUAAUUUAGAACUAUAUGCUUCAUAUGUGUACUUGUCAAUGAUGUGUAUAAGAGACAGUGAUGAUGUUGCUCUGAAGGGAUGCUUCAAGUUUUUUCAAAGAAAUUCCAAUGAAGAGAGGGAACACGCUAUGAAGUUCAUGCAUUACCAAAAUCAGCGAGGUGGCCGAGUAGUCUUGCAGGAUGUUCGAAAACCCGAGAAGGAUGAAUGGGGGACCGUAUCGGACGCUAUGAAUGUAGCACUUGCUCUUGAAAAGAACGUGAACCAGUCACUGCUCGAUCUCCAUGCAAUAGCAGAUAAGCACGGCGACAAAAAUCUGUCAGAUUUCAUUGAAGCAACAUUCUUAACUGAGCAGACGGAGGCUAUUAAACAGCUUUCCGAGUACGUUGCAACCCUGAAGCGUGUCGGGCCUGGGCUAGGCGAAUUUACAUUUGAUAAGGAAACUCUUGGCGAUGACUAACUUACUCGGACUCUACUACGCCCAAGACAAUUCAGCUGUUUGCGCAAGUGGACUUCAUUCAAGCUGAACAAUGCGAGCUUUGUGGCUGGAAUGAAAACUUAAUAAUCAGUGUGCUUGAAUGCAAUACACUAUAUAUAUCUGAGAAUCCUUGCAUAUUUUGGUUAUUUUUUGUAUUGGGUAUUUUGUAAAAAUUUUUGUCGUUUCCAUAUAAUAAUUAGGAAAGUACAUCCACCAGCAACUGCUUGCAAUUGCUUGCUAGCUUUCUCAAUAUUUCAGGAAGGUGUGAAUGUGGGUAAAAUUUAUUUUUGUAUGGUAUAGACUUUAAAAUUUAAUGCAAUGCUUUUUUAUAGCUUAAUAAUAUGUACUACCAACAAAACCUUACAUAGACAUGUAUUCAUCUUGGGUACUUAAGUACUUAAACUUGUAUUUGCAUAAGAAAUUAUACCACAAUAACAGUACAGUAUUAAAUAUUGCCAUAUUAAUAGGUAGGUUUGUGUAUUCAAAACCAUACUUGCCUACAACAUAAUACCUUGCAUUCAAUCCUUAGAAAUUGAUGGAACAUGUUCUACCUCUAUCACAAGCUAUUUGGCAUUCCAUUGUAUCUUAAGGGAUUAGAUUAAUAACAUACAAACAGUAUUUGAAUAAGCAAGUCUAGUAACCGUUUAGAAUAUUGCCAUUUGUGUGUACAGAACAGUACAGUACCUUACUACCACCCAAAAAAUGCACAGUACUACCUCGCAACACAAUCCAUCCAGCAUUGUGAUGCAAAGAUUUUGUUUGAAAGUACAAUAGAAUUUAAGACGCAUUAAGUAGGGCCUUGGAUAAUCAAAGGUAUAAUACCGCACCUCGCUUUUAUGUAGUAAUGGUAUACACACUACCUCCUGAAAACAGGGUAUUCCAUUGGGCCUUUUCCAAUAUUGAUGGGAUUGUCUUGAAAAUCAUAAUUGACACAAUAUGUAAACUGAGGGUACUCAAAUUUAAAUAUGCCUACGUCCCAAUCAGCACAACAAGCCAUUGGUUGCUACUAUUUAUACUGUAUUCAACAAUCUUUUAUGUACAGUAUUAUCUUGAACUUUGCACAAAACAUUCAAUAAGAGAAUUUGUACUUGUAUUGUCAAGUGGUAAAGAAUAUUAACCUUUCAUAACCCACAGUUGUUCAUGGAGUUUAGUGCAAUGAAUGGCCAGUAUUUACGUAUCUCUCAUUUCAAUUUAACAAUGGUGCUUUUUGGUGCUUGACUUUUGAACAAAGACCAACUGCAAAAUGCCAGAUAAAUUGUUUUCAGAAUCAACAUACUUGGUUAAAUAAAUUGAGCUAAAAAAAAAAAAAAAAAA